AUGUCCAGGUUUAUCAAGAGCCAUGAAGAGAUUGCGGCUGCCCGCAAUGAAGCGCGACGGGCAGCCAAGACAGGUGCAGGAGCUGGCUUCACAGAGGCAGAGCUGGAAGCUGCAAGCUGGGCACGAAGGCUGCCUGAGGUACAACUGCAGAUUGGAAGGAGGACCAACGGCGAGAAGCGAAGUCUGAACACCAAAGGUGCAGACCUCCGGGGCCUCGUGCGUUCCAAUUCGCUGAGGGGCGGCGCUGUCGGCGUGGUUCAGGAGAAUCCAGAGCCGUUGUUGCCGGAUUUGCCAGGGAAAAAGCUUGGCAAGGAGAAGACAAAGAAAGAUAAAAAGGAGAAGAAGAGUCAUGAGAAGAAGAAGAAAAAGGAGAAGAAGGAGAAGAAGGAACAGGGAGAUGGCAUUGAGACAGGGGAUGGUGCCCUUGCGCAGAUCCCGGCAACAGGUGAGGUGGUCACCAGCGAGGUUGGGCUUCUGGAGGCCAAGUCUCUCGAGAUGAAGAAGCGGAGGAAGAUCGCCAAAGAAAUGCGACGAGAGCAACGCAGGCUCAAGCGCGAGGAACGUGAGCGGUUCCGGCAAGAACAAGAGGAGCUUGAGGCCGCCUUCCAAGACGACCCAGGCCUGCAGGAUGCAAUCGACAACUUGAUCCAAGUGGUGCAGCAAGAACGACCCGCCAAGGCUGAGGCUCUGAACACGCCAGAUGAGGCGGAAGGCCAGGCGCCUUUCCGAAGCUUGGAGGAGUUGGUGGCACAGCUUGACGAGCUCGAGAAAUCAGAAGCAGGAGUUACCAAGCCAAUCUCAGCUCCGCACGACCCAUUGAAUCCACUCAAUGCCGCUUACGACAUGCGAGCCUACGAGAUGCUCCGGAAACUUCGCCUGGACGAAGAACAUCAGAUGUCACAGGUUGCCGCUGACGAGCCUGAGUGGGACCAUUUAGGCUAUCUUCGCCGCUCUCCUUCUCCCUGCCGUCUGCGCACCAAUGGGACGAUGUGGCCCACCCGCAAGGGUGCUUGGAGAAGCCGUGCAGGAGGAGUUUAUCUUCCUCCGGAAGCUGGAGAAGUGGAGCGGAGGGGCUCUGCGAGCUUAAGUCCGGCAAAGUGGAUGUAUCCGGAGGAAUUCAACCGACCCUUCAAAGAAGCUCGAAGAUCGCCGUCCUACAACCGCUUCGAUCGGGAGGAGAUCUCUUCUACAUCCUCCUCGAGCUCGUCCAGCACUGUCCCGAAGCGCCGGAAAAAGAAGCGAAGGCUCCGCUCAAGCUCGCACCAGAGCCGACCCUCUCCUGAGUACCUCCCGGAGGCUUGA